AUGCGUCGCUUCUGGAUCAUAAGAAAGCCAGUAUUCAGAUCUAGUUUUUAUACCUGCAACAGCUUUAUCAAGAAGUAUUAUUACACACUAAUUACCACGAUGACUGACAAUACCACAACAACGUCACUAACAGUGGAGCAUCCUGGUGACAACAAAAGACUCUCUUCUUCUGUUACAAAUUCUUCUAAGCAGAAGACCAAGAAACCAAAAUUGAGAAAGUACAAGGCUAAAAAGGUCGACGUAACCUCUCCUAUGGGUGUCCUAGAGUUUGAAGUGAACGAUUUGUUAGAAACUCAGAAUUUGUCCAGAGAGCAAGUUCUGAAUGAUGUCACUGCAAUUCUGAACGAUAAGUUGAAAAAAGAUGGGUCAAUAACCAUGCAGUACCACCGGGAAGUAAGAAAUGUCAGGGUCUUAGAAAUAACUGCUAAUUGUAACGGAUUGGCUCUAAUUGAUAAUCCUGUAGAGUUGGGAAAAAAACAAGUUGUUAUUAUACCCUUUGGGCUGCCAGGUGAUGUGGUCAAUAUCAAAGUUUUCAAGACACAUCCUUACUAUGUCGAGAGUGAUUUAUUAGAGGUGGUAGAGAAAUCACCAAUGAGAAGAGAUGAUUUAAUUAAGGAUAAGUAUUUUGGAAAAUCUUCAGGUAGUCAAUUGGAAUUUUUAACUUAUGAUGAUCAAUUAAAACUGAAAAGAAAAACAAUUUCGAAUGCCUACAAAUUUUUUGCACCAAGAUUAGUCGCUGAAAAGCUUUUACCUCAAUUUGGUACCACCGUAGCAUCUCCUUUACAAUUUGGUUAUAGAACUAAAAUCACUCCCCAUUUUGAUAUGCCAAGAAGAAAAGAAAAGGAACUAGCAGAAAGACCACCUUUAGGAUUUGGCCAAAAGGGUAGACCUCAAUGGAGAAAAGAUACUUUGGAUAUUGGUGGACAUGGUUCAAUACUAGAUAUUGAUGAAUGUGUACUUGCCACUGAAGUCCUCAACAAGGGAUUGACUAAUGAGAGAAGAAAGUUUGAGAAGGAGUUCAAAAACUAUAAAAAAGGAGCUACCAUUUUGUUAAGGGAGAAUACCACGGUUCUAGACCCUUCUAAACCAACUUUAGAGCAAUUAACAGAAGAAGGCUCCAGGGAUGAAGCUGGUAACCUAAGCUAUGUCGAAGUCGAAGACAAAGAACACAAUGUCAAGUUGGCGAAGACAUGCGUUACCAACCCUAGACAAAUUGUCACCGAAUAUGUAGAUGGCUAUACUUUUAAGUUCAGUGCAGGUGAGUUUUUUCAAAAUAAUAAUGCCAUCUUGCCAAUAGUGACCAAAUAUGUUCGUGACAAUUUGCAGACCCCAAUUAAAGAUGGUGGUGACGAGCCAAAAUUCCUAGUGGAUGCUUAUUGUGGAUCAGGUCUUUUCAGUAUAUGCAGCUCCAAGGGCGUAGACAAAGUGAUAGGUGUAGAAAUUUCCGCUGAUAGUGUCUCUUUUGCAGAGAAAAAUGCAAAGGCAAAUGGGGUUGAAAAUUGUAGAUUUAUAGUUGGGAAGGCUGAAAAGCUCUUUGAGUCUAUUGACACUCCAAGUGAAAGGACGUCUGUCAUUUUAGAUCCACCACGUAAAGGCUGUGAUGAAUUAUUUUUGAAACAAUUAGCCGCAUAUAACCCAGCUAAAAUUGUUUACAUCUCAUGCAAUGUCCAUUCACAGGCACGUGAUGUCGAAUACUUUCUCAAAGAGACAGAAAACGGCUCCGCUUACCAGAUCGAAAGUAUAAGAGGGUUUGAUUUUUUCCCUCAAACUCAUCAUGUUGAGAGUGUGUGUAUAAUGAAGAGAAUUUAA